AUGCAGACCGCCGCGACCCAUAGCAGCAGCAGCGUCUUCCUGCGGGGCGAGAGCCUGCUGCAGCGGCACGGCCGCACCAUGCGGUCAGCCGCACGCCAGAGCCCCGUGAGGGCGGCGGUGGCGGGUGAGGGCCCCAUGAUUGUGACCCAGAAGAAGGAGCUGCGCCUGCUGACUCCCAAGUACUGCGAGAGCAUCAGCCAGACGCGCCGCCGCCCCACCCGUACCGUCGACAUUGGCCCCGUCAAGGUGGGCAGCGAGCACCCCAUCGCCCUGCAGACCAUGACCACCACCGACACCCGCGACAUUGAGGCCACUGUGGAGCAGGUCAAGCGGUGCGCGGAUGCGGGCGCCGACAUUGUUCGCAUCACGGUGCAGAGCAAGCGGGAGGCGGAGGCAUGCAUGAAGAUCAGGGAGCGGCUGUUCAAGGACAGGUACACCACCCCGCUUGUGGCAGACAUCCACUUCCAGCCCGCGGUGGCCAUGAUGGUGGCGGACGCGUUUGAGAAGAUCCGCAUCAACCCGGGCAACUUUGCCGACGGUCGCAAGACGUUUGAUGUGAUCAACUACGACGACCCGGCGCAGUUUGCGGCGGAGAGGGACUACAUACGCGAGGUGUUCACGCCGCUGGUGGAGAAGUGCAAGAGCCUGAACCGGGCGAUGCGUAUAGGCACCAACCACGGCUCCCUGUCCGCCCGCAUCCUCUCCUUCUACGGCGACACGCCGCGCGGCAUGGUUGAGAGCGCGUUUGAGUUUGCCGACAUCUGCCGCGACCACGACUACCACAACUUCCUCUUCUCCAUGAAGGCCUCCAACCCGCUGGUGAUGGGCGAGGAUGGGCGCAUGAAGAGCGCCAUCGGCAUCGGAUCGCUGCUUAUGGAUGGGCUGGGCGACACCAUCCGCGUCAGCCUGACAGAAGACCCCGAGUUUGAGAUAGACCCCUGCGGCAGGCUGGCCAACCUGGGCAAGAAGGCGGAUCAGGAGGGGUGGGGGGUGGAUGCGUUUGAGGAGCACCGCGACACGCACCUCUUCACGCGCAGGGUGGGCACCCUGCCCGAGCAGCGCGAGGGCGACACCGCCGACUACCGCCCGCUGCUGCACCGCGACGGCUCCGUGCUGUCGGUGGUCUACCCCAAGGACCUGGAGCAGCCAGAGAUGAUGUACCGCCGCCUGGGCGCCAAGCUGGUGGUGGGCAUGCCCUUCAAGGACAUCGCCACCGCAGACACCAUCCUCAUGUACCAGACCCCCAGCAGCAGCGACACCGAGGGCCGCCGCGCGCUGCGCCGCCUCCAGGAGGUGGGCGUGCACGUGAUGGCGCCUGCCGAGGUGCUGGCCGCCGACCCGCUGCCCGACGCAGUGGCGGUGAUGCAGCUGGCGGUGGCGGCCUCCGCGCACCGCGCCGGCGGCGUCAAGCUGCCCGAGGGUGCUGGGCGGCUAGCUGUGUUCAUCGACGGCACUGAGGGCGAGGCAGACCUUGCGACGCUCAAGGACAUGGGCGCGGUGAUGGCCCUGCUGAAGACGGCACCCGGCCUGAGCCGCGUGCACUCCUCGCGCCGCGUGUUUGAGCAGCUGCAGCAGCAGGGGAUCUCCAUACCCGUCAUCCACCACAUCACCUUCCCAGACGGAACCACCCGCGACGAUAUUGUGCUGCAGAGCGGCAGCAUGGUGGGCGCCCUCAUGGUGGACGGCUACGGCGACGGCCUGGUGGUGGAGUGCGCCUCAGAGGACACAGACUACCUGCGCACCACAGCCUUUGGCCUGCUGCAGGGCUGCCGCAUGCGCAACACCAAGACCGAGUACGAGGUGACCGACCAGAUCCGUACCCGCACCGGCCACCUGCCGGGCGUGUCCAUCGCCGUCAUGGGCUGCAUCGUCAACGGCCCGGGAGAGAUGGCCGACGCCGACUUUGGCUACGUGGGCGGCGCCCCCGGCAAGAUUGACCUGUAUGUGGGCAAGGAGGUGGUGCGCCGCAACAUCCCCAACGAGAGCGCCUGCGACGAGCUCAUCGACCUCAUCAAGGAGCACGGCCGGUGGCAGGAGCCUCCCAAGGAGGAGGAGGAGGAGGGCGAGGCCUCGCUGGCUGCCGCCGCCUCCGCCUGA